AUGGCGCAAACAAUCCAACAUGAAAUUUCCCCCUUCCUGGACCCCGGUCCGCGGACUAAGGCGAAUUCCCUUGCCAUCCUCCAACUCUCCCGCGACAACCUGCUCCCCGUGUACUUGCAGCCACCGACAGGCGAGGUCGACGGCUAUGCCGAAGGCGCCGUCGUCAACACGCGCUAUGGCUCGUUCCCGCACUCCACCAUGAUCGACGUCCCAUGGGGCUCGCAGAUCCGCGCGUCCAAGGUUGAUACCGGCUCGCGCGGGCGUAAGAGAAAGCGCGAGGCGACCACGGAUGUGGAGGGCGUUUCGCGGGAAGGGACUGCCGCCGGCGCGACAAAUGAACAGGAUAAUGAGGCCAGCGUGACGGCGAAUAACAGCGGGAGCGCGACGCCUGCGUCUGUGGCACCGACGGUCAAGCAAGCUAUCGCCGACACUAGUGGCUUUAUCCACAUCCUGCCGCCAACCCCCGAAGUUUGGACCAGUAGUCUCCCCCAUCGCACACAAGUCGUCUACACACCCGACUACAGCUACAUCCUGCACAGGAUCCGGGCGCGACCCGGUACAGUCCUGAUUGAGGCAGGUGCCGGCAGCGGCAGCUUCACGCAUGCCGCUGUGCGCGCCGUGUAUAAUGGGUAUCCCCGUGAAGGGGAGAAGCGCAGGAGGGGCAAAGUCUACAGCUUUGAGUACCAUGAGGAACGGUACCACAAGAUGAAGCAGGAGAUUAAAGAUCAUGGGUUGACGGGGCUGGUGCAGCUUACGCAUCGAGAUGUGUAUAAGGGGGGGUUCUUGGUGGAUGAGGGAAAGAGUCCUGAGGCAGAUGCUGUCUUCUUGGAUUUGCCGGCGCCGUGGGAGGCGCUGCCUCAUUUGUCACGGCGUAAGCCACGGGGAUUCGAUGUUGGUGAGGAGGGCAAGAAGUGGGUGUCGCCUUUGAACCCGAAGAAGAGUGUUUAUCUAUGCACGUUCUCGCCUUGCAUUGAGCAGGUGCAGAAGACAGUGUCGAUGAUGCGCCGGCUGGGGUGGGUUGAUAUUGAUAUGGUGGAGAUUGCGAACCGCAAGUACCAUGCGUCGCGCGAUCGGGUUGGGCUGCAUCUCAACUUUGACCGUGGCGUGAAUAACUCGCCCAAGGAUGUUGAAGAGGCGCUGAAGCGGUUGACUGAGAUUGAGGAGCGCACAAGACAACAUGCGGCUCGGGCUCGGGAGGGAGGUGAUGGUGAUGUGGAAAUGGAGUCAGGCGACGAGGGCGACGUCGCUGUCAAGCUGGAAGACACCGCGGCCGAACAGCCGCAAGAGUCAUCCUCGUCUAGUGUGGCCCCAUGGCUAGAAGGCCGGCUCAUCACGCGCGGCGAGCCUGAGAUCAAGACGCACACGUCAUACCUCGUCUUUGCAGUGCUGCCGCGGGAAUGGACUGAAGAGGAUGAGGCCGCUGCUGCGGCCAUGUACCCGCUGGGCAAGGAGCAGAAGGUGAUUGGCGCCGUGGACAAGCAGCUGCGCAAGCAGGAGCGGCGCGAACAGCUUCAGCAGAAAUCAGGCGGGAACAGUCGUAAGGAGAGACGGAAGCAGAGGGACGAGAAGAUUGGGCAGGAGUGUGCCCCGAUGGCAGAGGAGAGUUAG